ACGUAUCCGUAUCGGUGAAAGUUGAAGGAAAGGGAAAAGAAAAGAAAAGAAACAAGAGAGAGAUCUCAAAAAUCCUUCAACGCCUCCUCCUUGGUAAACCAAUAAGAUCGAAGAGGCGAGGCGUAUAAGCAGCUCAUAAUUUAGAUUUGCACCUUCUCUUUAUACCUAAAUAAAUGAAAUCUUGGGUUUGUAUAGAAAAAAAACCCAUAGAUUAGGUUACGAAUAAGAAAUACAAAAAGAAGUAUCGAUCUAAGUAUUGAGAAAAUGGAGGGGUUAAUGAGCAAGCUAAGGAAUUUGGAUGCAUAUCCAAAAAUCAACGAGGAUUUCUACAGCCGUACGCUUUCCGGUGGCGUUAUCACUCUCGCUUCCUCUAUCGUUAUGUUUCUCCUCUUCUUCUCCGAGCUCCGAUUAUAUCUUCAUGCGGUAACUGAAACAAAACUAGUGGUGGAUACUUCGAGAGGAGAAACUCUACGUAUCAAUUUUGAUGUCACGUUCCCCGCUCUUCCGUGCUCUAUUCUUAGCCUUGAUGCCAUGGAUAUUAGUGGAGAGCAACAUCUUGAUGUAAAACAUGAUAUAAUUAAGAAAAGACUAGAUUUUCAUGGAAAUGUCAUAGAAACGCGGCAAGAUGGAAUUGGUGCCCCUAAGAUUGAAAAGCCUUUGCAGAGGCAUGGUGGCAGGCUUGAGCACAACGAGACAUACUGUGGCUCCUGUUAUGGUGCGGAAGCGUCAGAUGAAGACUGCUGUAAUUCUUGUGAGGACGUUCGUGAAGCAUAUCGAAAGAAAGGUUGGGCGGUGACAAAUCCGGAUUUAAUGGACCAGUGCAAAAGAGAGGGAUUUCUCCAAAAGAUCAAAGAUGAAGAGGGUGAAGGAUGCAACAUUUAUGGAUUCUUAGAAGUUAAUAAGGUGGCUGGAAAUUUUCAUUUUGCACCUGGGAAGAGUUUUCAGCAAUCUGGUGUUCACGUGCAUGAUCUGCUGGCAUUUCAGAAGGAUAGUUUUAAUAUAACUCACAAGAUUAAUAGGCUGACUUUCGGAGAAUAUUUUCCAGGUGUUGUUAAUCCUCUUGAUGGUGUGCAAUGGACACAAGAAACACCAAGUGGGAUGUACCAGUAUUUCAUCAAGGUAGUACCUACUGUAUACACAGAUGUGAGUGGACACACUAUCCAGUCAAAUCAGUUUUCUGUGACUGAACAUUUUAGGGGCACAGACAUAGGUCGCCUUCAGUCCCUUCCAGGAGUUUUCUUCUUUUAUGACCUUUCUCCAAUUAAGGUGACUUUCACAGAAGAACAUGUUUCGUUCUUACACUUCCUAACAAAUGUGUGUGCCAUAGUUGGAGGUGUUUUCACUGUUUCUGGCAUACUGGAUACAUUUAUAUAUCAUGGUCAAAAGGCAAUCAAGAAGAAGAUGGAAAUCGGUAAAUUUAGUUGAUGAUGAUGACAUGUAAACAGGCUUGGGUUGUUGCUGUAUUGCCAAGGACUGGCUUCUCAUAUGGAAUUGGGUUUGGACGCCUAUUUUGAACUGGCCAGUUUUUAGAAUCAUGUUCUUGCGAUCAAGGAAUUUGAUUUAUUUCAUGGGUCAUUAAUUCUCAAAA